GGGGUGCACUGGAUGCCCUUAGUCCCUGGGCACAGGGCAGGCUGCAGCAGAGGAGGCUGGGCAGAGAGAGCCAGGAGUUAGGUCCUGCAGCUGUUGGAGCCAUGGACACAGAGGGCCCCAGCCCCCUCGCCUUCCUCACAGCUCCAGCCACGCCGGGGAGGCUCUCAGAGGCCGUUGACCCCAUCCCCGUGCUCAUUGCCCUGGCCUGCAUCUUCCUUCUGCUGGCCACCUGUCUGCUCUUCAUGACCCUCUGCAAGCCCCGCGCCCUGGACCCGAGCCGCCGCCGGGCCCGCGAGUGCAUGCCCCACCACCCGGGGAGCCCCAGCGAGCCGCAGCUCCGCCUCUGGAAGCGGCUGGGCUCGCUGCGCCGCUCCCUGCCCAGCUUCCGCCGCGGCCGGCCUGCCCCCCGGCGCCCCCUGCCGGGCAGAGAGGACAACCACGACUGCGACUGCACGGAAUCUACCAAGAUGUGACAGGGGUGUCCUCCUAUUCCAUCCACAGACCCUCUUGCCUCGGGCGGAACCAGUCACCUCCGGCUGCAAGAGGACAGUGGCCCAAACAACCUGGGCCACGUGCCCACACUGUCAGCGGUACCCUGUGCACUCAGGCCCGUGGCCUUUCCCAGGGAUCGUCCCCGGAAGAAUGCCUUCCUUCCUGCUGCCACUUCAGCUGCUGCCGGUUGGAAGGCUCCUGGACCAGGGACUGAGCACCUGCAACCAUCUUGACCCUUGGCCCAAAGCUUUCAAUGGUACAAACCUGGGGCCCCCAAGGCCCUUCUCUGACAGCCGGGAACCAGCAAUCUCCAGGAAGCAACCCCCCUUCUUCCCAAGAGAAGCCCUGCCCACCCUCCAGGUGCCAAAGCCCAGCUCAGAUUCCAGUGCUAGUUGCUGAAUGGCCUAAGGUUCCCUGCAGCCAAGUGAAAUACUCAGCCAUGCUGGGGGCAAGGGAGUGUCCUGCCCUCUGUGCCAACUCAGUGCCUGAGGCAAAGGGGAACCCAGGGAAUUCCCUCCCCCGACUUCCUGGACCCUGCCUGCAUUUGCUUGUAAUCCAUGAGAGCAGUCAGCACCCCUGUGGUGGAUCAGAUGCUGGGUGCCUGCUAGGAGGAGGGGCAUUCUGGGGGCUCUCAACACACCUAGCCAAUCACAAUCUUGGCUGUCACCUUGGCACGUCCCCCCUCUCUCAGUGCACCUGAGCCAGGAUGGAUGAGGACGGGGCUGGGAAUGACUCAAGAAGCUCCUUGCAGAGGCCGGGACCGGCGCUGUGUCAGAGUGGGAGGAGGCACUGUCAGCAGCUGGAGGUGACAUUAUCCGGGCUCUGAGAGCACUGCAGAGGCUCCAUGCCUCACCCAGGGAGGGAGGCAGGCUUCCUCCAGCUGGGAGGGUCCAGGCCUCUCCAGGACAGCUGUGGAACUUCAGGCCUCGACCACAUGAGGUGUGCUAUCAUAUUUUUGGUGAUCGCUUCAUUGACUGGCUCCUGUCAAAGCAAUCCCAACCCAGGCUGGGCUUCUCAGAUUCCCAAACCUUCAACCUCUCCUCGUAAGGCUGGGGCUAACCACUUUGGUUGGUCCCAAAUUUGGGGGGCUGGGCAGAGGGGUCUGAACUGCCCAGCUCCUGCCCCAGAGAGUCACCUGGCUAGAGUCACCUGCACCCCAUUAGGGACUGCUCCACAUAACCCUGCUACAAUCCACACAGCAGCCAGGAAUGUCUUCUCACAGGGUGAGCUCCGAUUCUGCCACUCCCCAGCUCCAGAAGCUACUGCUGGGUCAAGCCAGAGCUUCUUUGUCUGGUGCUCGGUGCCCACUGGGAGCUGACUGCAAAUGAUGCUUCUAGCCUCAUCCUGACCCAAGACUCCAGGCAAACUGAAAUAUCUGUCCACCCCAGGCUACAGCUCACUCGGCAUGCACGCCCUCCGUGAAGCCCUCUGUCUUCACCUGCAGCCUCCUCCUGCCUGAAAUCAAGGGAGGACAGGGACCACUUCCUUUGGGCAGUGUGGGUCACCCCUGUCAUGCCUGCUCCUUUCUACAAGCCUGGGAGGCUCCCAGAGAGCGAGACCAAGUCCAACCCCUCAUCUGCUUCACCGGCGACAGGCUCAGAGCUAUGGGGCCUGUGUUUACUGAGUGAAGGGUGGCCCUGUCUAGUCCUGGGCGCACCCCCUUCUUCCCUUGGAUGCCCCUGCACAGAAGCUGUCUCUCCCAGCAGGCCCAUAGUGCAUUCCUUUCAGGUCAGUUUGACAUCUGAGAGCAAGUCCACUUUGGCCAGAAACUUACUUCCAGGGCCUUGAGAAAUCACCAGAGCCUGAUUUUCUCCCUGAGAAAUGGGGAGACUCGGGGACUGACUUAUAUUACUCACAGGCUCUAGGAUCUCACUCUGAGUAGUCUAUAUAAAUAGAAACCAAGUCUUGGGGUUUAGAAAGCGAGGCAGGCCUCCUCCCACAGUGCAGUAACCUCUUCCUGGUUUUUCCCCUGUCACGUCUCCCUGAGACACCCCAGGCUGAAUUCUGCCUGGAGUUGGUCACCGUAUCACCCCCCCGGCCAGCAUACUCUGCCUGGCAUGUGGUGU